GCCCUCCGAGCUAUAAACAAGCCGGGUCCUUUUCGCCAGGGGUGGCAUCUUCGCGUUCAUCCGUACUAAACGUGUUCGAAUGUUUGCCUACACGAUCGGCGACAGAGCUGCGCGACCCACCACUUUGGCGCUCUGGUUCUGCCGGCUCGCGGAUCCGCACCACCCCAUUCGAGAGGGAUUAAAAGCGCCAACCGUUCCAUUCAUCUGGUUUCCCCGCGCACCCACCAGGUCCUCGCGCGCUACUCGUGCAAAGAAAUGUCAUCCGAGAACGAAAAGAAGGCGGAUUCCUUCGAGGAACAGACCGGCGUCGUCGAUGCGGGGAAAGAAGCUGUCAAGGUUGCGGAGGUCGAGAUCCUCAGUGACGAACACCGUCGAUCAGCCGAGCGUAAGCUAGUGCGCAGGCUCGACUUUCGGCUCAUGCCUACCAUCACGAUCAUAUACCUUCUCAACUACAUCGACCGUGUUGCGAUCACGGCCGCUCGACUGCAAGGGUUGGAACAGGAUCUCGGCUUGACAGAUGGCCAGUAUGACACAGUCGUGGCGAUUCUCUAUGCUUCUUACUGCCCGGCGCAAAUUCCGUCAAAUAUGAUCAUAGGUUACAUCUCGAAACCGUCGCUUUACGUUGGUGCAUGUGUCGUAGUAUGGGGACUAACGAGUCUUUGUACUGGAGCCACGCAUAACUACGCCGGUAUCAUGGCAUGUCGUAUAUUUAUUGGUCUCCCUGAGGCUGCAUUUUACCCCGGAUGUUGCUACAUUCUGUCGCGAUGGUAUACCAAAAAGGAAUUGGCCUUUCGCAAUGCGAUUUUCUACACGGGCCUUUUGAUAUCUAAUGCGUUCGGGAGUUUGAUUGCCGCUGGUAUUCUUGCAAAUAUGGAAGGAGCUCUAGGGCUCCCAGCUUGGCGUUGGGUGUUCUAUAUCGAGGGUGCAAUAACUAUAUUUAUCGGCUUCCAAGUCAUGUGGCUAUUACCGGACUACCCAGGAAACACCAGAUGGCUUUCUGACGCUGACCAACGCCUAGCUAAAGUCAGGCUAGCGGAGGAUGCAGGCGAAGCUGAUCGGGAUGAUGAUGAUAUGUCCUUCUUUGAAGGCUUCAAACUGGCGAUAAAAGAUCCGAAAAUUCUCAUCUUUAUGGUCAUGAACUGCGCGCAGCUUGUCGGACUCAGUUAUAUCAAUUUCUUCCCGACGCUGACUCAGACACUGGGUUACGGCACUACGGAUACGCUUCUUCUUGCUGCUCCGCCAUGGAUCUUCGCUACGAUCGCAUGCCUCAUUGGGGCGUGGAUUGCAGACGUCAAAGGGGAUCGAUUCUGGUGUGUUACGGGGUGGUGGUGGGUCGUUAUAAUCGGUUACAUCAUCGGCUUGUCCACCAUGAACACCGGUGCAAGAUAUUUCACCCUUUUCUGCAUGACGGUUGGAUACUGUGGUUUCGCGUUGACCCUGACGUGGGUAUCCAAUGCUAUUCCUCGACCGCCGGCCAAACGCUCCGUCGCCAUGGGCCUCGUCAACGGGUUCGGCAAUCUCGGAAACUUGAUUGGAUCAUUCAUCUGGGAAUCGCAAUGGGGUCCCGAGUACCACCCUUCAAUGAUCAUUGCUUUAGCUAGUCUGGUCUUCGCCUUUUGCCUGGCAUUGGUACUAAGAUACAUGUUAAGAAGGGAGAACAAGCAGAUGGACCGCGACGAACUCGCUGUCAUGGAGGGACCCGGUCGGCAACGCAUCGAGGAGGCAGCGAAACUAGAGGGUAUCUCAUUCGAGGAGGCUGUUCGCAGAAGAAAGGGUUUCAGAUAUCUCAUAUGA